ACGACAGACGGGUGCUACGUUGUUAAUGGCUACGGUACAGUGGCUACGACUUUUUGCUUUUUCUGUCAUUGGAAAUCUUGUUUGUUAUGAGUAGAAACAGUUUAAACUGAAAUUCGCUAAAAUAAAUCGAUAGAUAAGUUAAUCUGGAAAUCUGUAAGUAAUUGAAACCGGUCGCUUCACCUUAUUAUGUAUUAUUGUAACUUGGAUUUGAAAAAUGAGUGAUGAUAGUGAUUUCGAACCUCGAAAUAAGCGCAGACGAAAUAUUCGUUGUUUAAACGACAGUGGAAGCAGUUCUGCAAGUAGUUCAGUAGUUACAACAACACGAAAAGGCAUCAGACGACGAUUUGUUGAAGACAGCUCGGACUCAGACAGUGAGAGUUCGAUUGAAGCCCGCCCUAAACGAAGAGUUAUUCCUAGAGUAACAAGUGACCCAGAAUCGGACAGUUCAGGCUCUGUUAUCCAUCGUCCUAAACGGACGCUUCGAGUGGUCAGCGAUUCGAGUGACGACUCGGACCAUGGCUUUGAAGGCAGUUCGAGCAGCCAAUGGGAAACAGACGUUUCAGACGUCGAAACUCCAGCUAAAAUUCAAGACACUGGAGUCGAUUCCGACUCAUCCGAUGGCCAAUCAGAAAAAUGCCCAAUUUGUCUCAUCUCGUUCACCAACCAAGAAAUCGGAACGCCUGAAUCAUGCGACCACUUGUUCUGCGUUGAUUGCAUCCAAGAGUGGUCCAAAAACGUCAACACUUGCCCAGUGGAUAGACAAGAGUUUCGCCUCAUUUUAGUGCGAAAAAAUUUAAACGGGAGCAUUUAUCGCGAAAUACAAGUGCAACCACCGGCUCCACAGAAUGAGGUUGACAUUCUUGAAGAUCCGACUUUUUGCGAGAUCUGUGGUUCGAGUGAUAGGGAAGAGAGGAUGCUUCUGUGUGAUGGAUGCGACUUGGGGUUUCAUAUGGAGUGUUUGACGCCACCUCUUGCGGAUAUUCCACCAGGUGCAUGGUUUUGUAAUGAUUGUACACCGGAGGAUUUGGUUGAUGCUGAAAUCGAGUUGUAUGAGCUUCAGUUGCUUCUAGAUGAUGCUAAUGAAGUUGGGAGGCCGAGAAGUAGCCGCAGGACGACAACAACAUCGAGAUUAGUACCUCGGACUCGCCAAAGUGAAAGGGUUCGCCAACGAAUAGCAAAUAACCGAAACAACAAUGAAGCAUCUGAUGAACGCCCUCAACCUGUUUCAAGUACAUCACGUCCUGUCCGAAGAGUAAAGAAGAAGAAACGGAGGAAGAAGAAGCCACGUUAUCGUGUCGUUUAUCAGAUAGAUAGUACCACUGGUGAAACAAUCGCUGUGAAAAAACGCCGAAAGAAACGACGAACAAAACCAGUCCCAAAAAAAACCACUGUAAAAAAACGAUUAGCCCAACAAUUGGGUAUUUGUGCACCGAGAAACGUCCCACAGAACUUACCCGACGUGAGAACACAACCACAAACAAACAGCUUACAAACACAACGCUACCAUGCAGGAAUACCAACGUUAAAUAUUUUUGGAAAUCGGGACGAAUUGGAUUUUGUGGUAUCUGAAGAAGAUGAUGAUUUUGGUGAUGGUGGUGUUGUGCUUAGACGUGGAAUAACACGUCGAAGAACACGUAUUAAAAGUAUAACUGUUCCGAAUUCGGUUUCAAGCAGUACCGAUGUUUUGGGGAGCAUUUUAGACGUCCAAUCACGAUUCCAUUCGAAACAUACGAAGUUUUCCCUUGGUCAGGAUGGUAAAUUUACGAUGGAAAACACAAAAGAUAGAUUGAAGGAUUUAAAUAAUUGGAAUCAAGUCGUAAGGCAACGACCGAUUUCGCAGGAAACUAGCGACCAACCUACAUCAAGUGGGCACAGGAGUUCCAGUCCUGAGCAUAACAACACAGCUCCGACAUCUACCGUUGAAAAUAGCAACGUUUCCGCCAUUUCGUCUGGAAACAUCCAGGAACAGUACAAUAACCCACAGGACUACACACAGAGCAAUCUCAAUACUAUUUAUGAUGUGACAAUGGAGGAGAAAAGAGUAGAUAAGAAAAAAAAGGAAGAUGCAUCUGAAGACAAUACACCAAGGAGUGGGACACCGGCAAGUGAAUCGGAAAUUGACAUUUACAGUGAUAUUGAAACUGUGACUACUAGUAAAGUUGACGAAGCUGAUUUCAAAGCACCAUCACCUCUACCUGCAACACCUAACACCGGAACCGAUGAUGAUAAUAAUGAUAGUGAACCAGACAUGGUUAUAGAUACGGAUAAACCUGAAGAAACAACAGUUACCUCAACGGUUGACUCUAACUCAGAAAUAACACCAACGGCACAAGACGUAUCUUCAUCGUCCGAAAUCCAGUCACAAGCAAUCCAGUCGUCGAACCUACUUUUCGACGAUAAAAAAUACGAAGAAGAGAAGUGUGUUGAUGAUGAUGAUUCGGAAGAUGGAUGUCCUAAUUUUAGUAUAUAUUCCAAAGAAACAAUAACUAUGGCUAAAACUAUAACAGAGGACGCAAAACCGGAGGAAAACCUCGAGAAUGAUCAAGUGGGUGAAGUGAGUUCUUCACCGGCCACCAAAACAAAAGAACCUGUAAAAAAAAGUACAGGUCUAUAUAGUGAUUCUGAGGAUGAGUCAAUAGUUAAGAAGGAAAAUUCGUUUGGAAUCACCGAUUUACGCAACAUGACUGAAGACAUCAGUGAGGAGGAACGCAGUUAUACGCCGUGUCUUGACGAAAGACCGCAUCAUUGUAUCGAAGGUUUGGAUACGGAAAUGAUAUCAGAUGAAGACCGGAACGAUUUUGAUGAAUCUCACGAUUUAAAAACGGCCUCUGACGGCGAUGCGCUUGAAAUCAAUGCGAAAGAAUCGGAACUAGAUUUUACCCGACCUGAGGAUUACGAAGAAGGUGAAAUCGUCGAUAAAUCAAAGGUUAAGAAAGAAACAAAAGAACCGGUGAAAAAGAAGGACGAAACGGACAAAUCCGGAAAUAAGGAAAACGAAAAUCAGAAUGUCAAACAACCUGAGUUUAAAAAACUGAGUAAAAGUAACAAGGAGCGCAACUAUCGCGAUAAAGACCGCGAACGGAGUAAGGACAAAGACUCGAAAAAAGAUAAAAAGAAGGAGAAACGUAAGGAAAUCGAGCGGUAUGAUGUUAGGGCGUUAAUAGCCGAGAAGCCGCGACGUUUGAUUACGAAAGAUAAGUUUGGGCGUGAUGUUAGAAGGAGUCCGUCGGGGUCUGUGACGAAGACGCCGCCUAGACGUACGAAGUCGCCGUCGCCUAAAGUUCGUCGGUCCGUUUCUAAAGCGAGGUCUACGUCGCGUGAAAGAAGUCGCAAGAAGGCGAGGAAACGGCGGUCGGUGUCGAGGUCCAAGUCACGGUCGAGGUCUAAAACGAAGAAGAGACGGCGGUCGGCAAGCAGGGAGAGGAGGAGGAAAUCACGAUCGAAAGGUAAAAGCAAAAAACACCGAAGUCGCAGUAGACACCGUACCAGGUCUCCCACACCCAAACGAACAAAAGAAUGGUCUCGAAGACAUUCAAGAGAUUGGACACCUUCAUUAUCACGAUCGCGAACUCCUGAACCGAGACACUUAACCCCAUCAUGGACACCCCCAAGAAUUAUGGAUAAUACCGUAAAACCACACAACUUAACUGUGAUUUUAACCAACGAUGCCAAUAAGAAAAAGAAGGAAAAGAAACGCAAAUCUGAGAAAAAGACAAAGGAAAAUGAACGUGCAAAAAAACGGAAACGUAACGAACGUACACCGCCACCUUCCAAAGAAGUGUUUGCUUCAGGCGAUAAUAUUCUAGUUAGUGUGAGUUUCAACAAAGAUAACGAAACACGAGACGUUUCGACGAAGAAGAAACGCGAAGUUGUCGAAGAAGUUAAGAAGGUUAAAAAAGACAAAACGAAGAAGAAAAAGAAGAAUAAUCGUGAUUUGGCUGGAGUUAAACCGGUGGCGAUUAUUGAUUUGGAAAGAUCACCGUUUAAAGAAUUGACACCUUCACCGAAAGACAUUAUCGUGUUGAGCGAUAGUGAUAAUGAAGAAGCUAGGAACAAGUUACAGAAAACAAUUUGUGAUUCGUCACAACAAGUAACCAGUCCGGUUAAUAAUUACACAACUGGUCCCAAAACACCACCAGAACCUCAAGUUAAGUUCACUUUAACCUCCAAACAAACACAGAUGCGUGCAAUUUCGAAUCCGUUACAUGACCCUGAAGAUAUCGAACCAACGGGUGACGAAACCCAGGAAAAUGUGGAACAUAAAGGUCCCAACACACCUCCAGAACCUCCAAAUUCACCUCCAAGUUCUCCAGAUGCCUACGAUCCGUUCGAACCAACAAAAUCACGAUCACCAACACCUGAAGUAGCUCCAAGCAGCAAUGCGUUAAAUAUUGACAAUAAUCGUGACGAAAGUAUUACCAUUAUUAGUACAGAGGUGGAAAAAACGGAUCAAACGCCUGAUCAAAAAUCACAUACGCCACCUUUGGCCGAUGUACAACCAGCCGACUCGCAGAGUAGCAUCCAAGUCACUCCCGAAUCAAGCUUGAGUAAAUCCCCCGAACGUCCCGUAACAAAUGCCACACAACCAGUUGCUCAAACAAUUCCGUUUUCUUCGUCAGUACCGACGUCGUUAAUGACUUCGACACCUGUUAAUAGUUUAGCACCUCCAAGGAUUAAUAUUUUGAGUACGACCCUUUUGGCGCCGGUGUCCAUCCCGCAAAGGAAUGUUUUGCCAAAUGCCAAUGCAACAUCGAAACCUGCAAGGAAGUCGAGUAAUCGGAACGGAAGUGAUGUUGCUGAUACGAAUUUAGGGUUUGAUUCGCCCUAUUCGCCAGGAUCUAGUGAUUAUGAGGAUUUGUUUGAACCGCCAGUUGAAACAGCACCGAAGACUGUGACGAAAACGACGAAAAAUGUUAAAUCACCGUCAAAGGUGCAGAAUGCGUUUGAUGCACUUUUUGGAACAUCGCCGUUUAAUAAAGUUAAGAAACAGGACAGUAAGAAGUUUAGCAAGAAGGCGCCGCCUGCUGCUGUUCCGAGUGGGGGAAAAGCUGCCGCAGGUACUAAACAAGUCGGAGUUAAAAUAGAUGAAGACAACUUGAAGAUUCUCGAUGAUCUGCCGAAUUCCGCCGUCGAAAUGCAAGUAAAGGACAAGUUUUUGAAGAAACUGAACCGACAAGAGCGAGUCGUUGAAGAGGUUAAAUUGGUCUUAAAGCCGCAUUAUAACAAGAAACAUAUAAAUAAGGAGGAGUACAAGGAUAUCUUAAGACGGGCUGUUCCAAAGAUUUGUCACAACAAAACCGGCGAAAUAAAUCCGACAAAAAUCAAGAAUCUGAUUGAAGCAUAUGUGAAAAAAGUGAGACAUAGUAAAAAGGUGACCUCCAGUAGUAGUUCCGUCAAUCCCCAGAAAGCUUAAUGAACGACUCUUGUGUACAUAUUAUUUUAAGUUAGUGAUUAUUUUUUAAAAGUAGACUAAAGAAAUAAGUUAAUUUAUGUGAAUCAGCUGAAUGAAUCUUGUGGACUUUUUCAAUGUAUUGAAAUUUUUAGGCAAAUAUACAUCUGUAUAUUAAGGAAAA